UCUUUGUAAUGUUUACAACUGAGCACACGCAGACACGAUUAUUGAAAUCGCCCAGAAAGAUGAAAAUAACCUCACCUCCAUGUGUCAGAUACUGUAAGACCUGAUGAUCGUCGGGUAUUAAGCAUUUUUUAUGUAUAUUGUAACUGCUUGAAGUGCCCUCAAAUGAAGAGAUUUCGCCUUGUGACAUGUUUGUUGCUGGUAGCAGCAGGAAGUGCCCUACUGGAAAUGAGAACUAAUCCUUCAGAAUUCAGUGCUCUUCAGUCAGCAAUUAUAAAUGUUGAUCACCAAGAUCUGUUUCGUUUCAUUUGUCACACUGACACAGUGGAAAUGUGGUUUGAGGGGCUGUCACACUUCCGUUCGGCAGACAUGAAACCAUUAGGUGUCGGGAAGCUGUACCAAGCAAUCUAUAAAGUCCCAUUUCUAGGAGAUUAUGUGAUAUUGCUGCGUACGACAGAGUAUGUGCCUGACAUGAGAAUAGUGUUGGAAAGUGAAUCUUUUUUGAAGCCAAGAAUAGAAAUUAGUGCUUUUCCUGUCAGCAGCAGAGGAACAAGAUUGACAUUCAGGCUAACAUUCCAGAGGAAAUCAUUGCUAUUUCAGCAUACCUUGGGAUCAUUGCUACACUAUAUUGCUCAAAAGUAUAUUGAGAAUUCACUUUCAUUUCUCAUUCAAUUGUGAACGGGAUUUGGUGUUACUUAUUGCCAAUGUCAAAUAGGAAGUAUUCCUAUGAAUAUUGAGGUGACAUCUGAAGAUUUGUGAAACCUGAGUUUCUCCUGGCGUAUAAAAUGUUCAAAUAAGAAAAUGCAUCCAUGUGUCGUCAUCCACAACUACCAAUAUUUUGGCGGGUGGACAUCUUGUUGUUUUCCAGGUACAAAUACAACAAUAAAUCACUGAAAUUUAAAACCUGAUUUUGCAGAGCAUAUCCAGAAAGAUGAUCACACACACACACACACACACACACACACACAGUAAACACUAUCGCCACCACAUAAUCAAAGAUGAUGGACGUCAGAGUUAGUGAAUAUUAAUAACCAACGGGUGACAUAGCAUUAACUCUGUUCCUCUGUUUUAGCAGCAGUCAUCAUAUGGAAUAUAACAACAUGGAGAUUUUAGCGUGCACUUACAGCUAAUGUCAUGAUGUUAUUAAUAGAGCAAUUGAAAUUAUCAAGUAACCUCUUAAGAGUUGGAGAUUUCUGCUCAAAUUCUGCGUUGAAUCCUGCUCUCACCAUUGUCAAAAGACAGAGGGACAGAGUCAAAGCUACCUCACCCGUUCAUUAUUGAUGUGCACUAUUUAUGAUCUCUGAUGCCUGUCAACUUUCGUUAGGUAUUGGGGCUAGCGUUUACAGAGAGAGAGAAAGAGAGAGAGAGAGUGUUUAUACUCUAUAAACUCAUGUUUUAACCCUUUCAGACCUUAAUUUUUUCUGGAGGAAGGAAAUUUUUUCCUUGUGCUGUAAAGCUCUUGGGUGAUUUCUUAAUGAUUUUGUAUGCUAGAUUUAUACGAAAAUAUGUACCCGUUUUCAAAAUAUACUUUGUGCACUUGGCUCCUUUUUAUGGAUUAAAAUAACUAAUUUUGAAUAUUCACUGUUGGAAUGAACAAACUGAUCAUUCAAUAAUUGCCAUGCAAAAUAACAAUAUUAAUACUCAUUUAUACAGUAGAAUGUAACUAACCAACCACUUUUGUGUAUUCUGGCAAUCACAAGCCACUGCACACUACUACUUUGACCUAUUGAAAUUUUUAUACUGAAGCUCAAUAGUUGGCAGCACUUGUACAUGAUAAAAAGAUUGAACAUUCACAAAUAUGCAUUAUGAAGUUUCCACUGUGGAAAAAUGUUCCCUUGCAACUAAGAGACAGUAAAAUUUAAUGAGAACAGUUGUAGCCAGUUGGUCUGAAAGGUUUGAAUUCCCUUGCACAGGACUUCCUUGCUGCAUGUGUGCCUUGAAAAUGACAGGAUGUUCACCUGUUGAAAUAUCAGCAGUUGUCAAAGAUGUCACUGGGCUGCAUUCCCAUAAGUUAUUUGAAUAUCUAAAGAUUUAAUUGUUAAUUCUUUCUCAUUAACUUAGUGGAUGAUUAUGCAUCACCCUCCCCUUGCCUCCUCCUCCCCUCCUUCUCCCCAUGUUUUAUAAAUAGAGUUAUAAUUACCACCAGUUUGUGAUAGGCCUACAUGGUUAACACAUCACAACCAGGUACGUUUAAAGAUUAAAAGUCUCUAGAUGUUUAUGGAGGUAUUAUAAUUGAUAAUUAUGAUAAAAAGUUAAAAUUUGGAAUAAGCUUACGAAAGUGCUAUUUCAUAUCCAGCUAGCUGUUGUAUCAUUGUGUGGUUUGUAUUAAGCCCAUCUCCAGUUCGCCCAUUCUGUCCUAACAUAAUUUUUCAACUCUUGAAGCAAAACUGCUAGACUAUGCUUGGGUCAAAUGCUCCAAAUACCUCUAUAAUUUUGAACUGUCUUAAUGUCCUCUAUCUUUGAGGAAGGAUUUUUCACUAUCUUUGGGAAAUUGGAACAUUUUUGAGACAGCACUUGUUUUAUUUUGGGUAUUAUAUCAUCUUUGAUAAGGAAGUAUUUGUCUCUUUUAGAGAAUUUUUAAUUUUUUAAAAAGUUUUUUAAUGCACCAAAAUUAUAUAUCAUACAAACAUUCCAGUCUGCAGCUUGUGAAGGAAUAGAGAGAAGUAGUGGUUUUAAGAUAAAUUUUAUAUGAGUAUUCCAUACAUGAGUAAAUAUUACACUAAGAAAUUUUGUGUUUUGAUUAUUGUUUUUUUCUGUGUGAUUGUAAUAUCAAUUAUUAACUUAACCAUUGUAUAUUCUUUGUAUUCUAUUAAAUUAUGAGACAGAAUUUCUGGCCACACUUACCUUCAGGAAAUGAAACAGUUAGGUACCGCUGAUAGUCACAUAUAAAAGUAACAGUACACAACACUGUACUAGCUUUCAGAACUAUUAGUUCCUUCCUCUAGGAGGAGAGAGGGAUGAGUUUAGCGAAGUUAAGAAGGGCAAGCAUGUCACUUAGACCCAACUGCAGGAGAGACCUACUUAGUGUGAAGAUGAAGCUGGACAAAGAUGAGCAGGGAGUAAGUCACUUUCUUUGUUUGGCCACCUUUUUCCUGUAUUGGGUGACAUUUUUUCAAGUUUUCUGACUUUUUUUCCUAGCUUGGUUAUCUCUUUUCAUUGUUUAGUGAUCUCUCUCGGUUUGUCUAUCAUUAUUCCUUGUUUUCUUUCCCCCCACAUAUUCUUUCAGUGGCCAAUUUUUCUGUGUUCAGAAACAAGUCACCUUGCUGUCUCAUGUUUCCCUUUGCCAUUGUCUAUGCUUGUCCUCACAACAGGUGGGUGUUUCUCAUUGUGGUGUCUAAGUGACCUUCUCUUUCUUCUUAACCUUUUAAUCUUCCCCACCCUAUCCCUCUCUUCUCUGCGAGGAACGAAUCAAUAAUUCCAAAAGCUAGGAUAGUGUCAUGCACUUUACUAUUAUGUGUAUCUGUUUCACCUAUUGACGUAUGUACUAGCCAUAAAUUCUGUCUCACAAUUUAAUAGUUUUUGUGAUUGAAUUAUACUUUGUGUUGUCAUAGCUUAUAACUUCACAGAUAUAUACUGUAAAAUGCUGAAGAGACAUACUAUGUAAUUAUAUUAAUCAAGUGAUAUCUCAGCACUAUUGAUAACUUUUAGUCUUUUGAUCUCAAUCAGCAAGUUAUCUAUGCCUGUAUAACUGUAGCUAGGUGAAUGUAGAUCAAGGUUAGUGUAGUUCUUGAGGCAGAGAGCUCCAAGUGUUUUGUUACCUGAAGCUUAUGCUCUCUUAAUAAAAUAUAUUGUGGGCUCCAAAUUGUAUCUUUAGGUGAGUAGUGAUUUUUCUUCAUGUACAGAUGCCUAAGAAAGAUGAGAAAAACAGAGACAGUAAUGUGGGUCACUAAUGUAUAUGCAACAAGUCACUUUACUUAUUAAAAUGCAAGAAUGUAAUUGAA